UCUUUACCUGUUUAGUAGCUAAAGAUGGCUGAAGCUCCUCCAUGGCCCAGCCGGUUUUUCUGUCAUAGAUGCUCAGCAGAGAUCAGUCCUCGGCUUCCCGAGUAUACAUGUCCAAGAUGUGAGUCAGGGUUUAUUGAAGAACUGCUGGAGGAAAGAAGCGCUGACAAUGGCUCCAUGUCUACCAUCUCCAGCGGGCCCCAGAACCAACAACCAUUUGAGAAUGCGGACCAGCACCUGUUUACAUUCCCUUCAGGCUAUGGCCAGUUUGCCCUGGGUGUCUUUGAUGAUAGCUUUGACUUUGGGGCUGGACUCGCAACAGAGGAUAACCGGGAUGCUGAAAACCGUCGGGAAAGGGAAGCUGCAUCUCGGCAACGAUAUGGUGCCAGGCAACCAAGAAGUCGCCAUGGUUCAAGACGACAAGCAGGGAGACACGAGGGAGUUCCCACUUUAGAGGGAAUCAUUCAGCAGCUAGUAAAUGGAAUAAUUGCACCUACGGCAAUGCCAAACAUUGGUGUUGGACCCUGGGGUGUUCUUCACUCAAAUCCUAUGGACUAUGCCUGGGGUGCUAAUGGAUUAGAUGCUAUUAUAACACAGUUAUUAAAUCAGUUUGAGAAUACAGGACCACCACCUGCUGAUAGAGAUAAAAUAAAAAGUCUUCCUACAGUACAAAUUACAGAUGAGCAUGUUGCUUCAGGACUGGAAUGUCCAGUGUGUAAAGAAGAUUACAGUGUUGGUGAAAAUGUGAGGCAGCUCCCAUGCAAUCACAUGUUUCACAAUGAUUGCAUAGUCCCUUGGUUGGAACAGCAUGACACUUGUCCAGUGUGCAGGAAAAGCUUGAGUGGACAGAACACAGCAACAAACCCUCCAGAACUAUCAGGGAUGAAUUUUACCUCCUCCUCUUCCUCCUCCUCCUCCUCAUCAUCAUCCUCCUCAACACCCCAGUCCUCAAGUUCAACCAGCAAUGAGAACUCCACAGAUAAUUCGUAGGAAGAACAUGUGUCACCCCAUGAGCUGUUUUUAGCUCUCAGGCUGCUGUACUUUAGAGCAGUGACCUCCAUUCUCUCCCUGCCGAAGGGCAGAAACCUGAGUGCAUCUCCCCAGGAGCACUCACGCUGAUUCACGGAUAAGUGAUACAUGAGGCCCAUGUAUUUCUGCCCAUCCUGUUGCUCCCACCUUCAUCAGGAUUCUGAACAAAGGAAGGGCAGAGGCCUGGAGUGCACCUUCAGUCAGGGAGGAUGCAUAGAAGCAUGGAUACUUAAAGAGGCUUGAUCUGCCUGAAUCACCUGAUAUAAGAAGAGAAAAAAAGAAUCCAAAGGUAGAAAACUAGAACAAGACAGUUGCUGUUCUUUUUUAUUUCUUAUUUUUCAAUCUCUUGAUUUGUUUGUUUUAUGAUGACCCACUUUUUUCAGUAAAGCAAGAGAAUAAUAAAGCUGUCCCUUUUUAAGGAGCAUUCAUAUCUCAUAUAUUAAAUGACCCAAAGUGCACUGUAGUGCACUGCUUAAGCGUGCACUUUGAACUUGCAUUGAAAGAAUAUUAUAUCUGACCCCUUUAGCUCUUUAAAAAAAAACUGACAAUAGUUUAUAUAAUUUUAUUGUCAACCUGUACUUGCCAUUUUAAGAUUACCUGAAUCACACAGGUACCAUUGUUUGCACUUGAAAUGAUCUGUUAAAUUGCAGUAAAUUUUUUAUCAAUUGCCACAUACUUCAUGAUUUAUAUUUGCAACCAUAAAACACGUUUCCACAUAUGAUACACGUGAUACAUUUUGAAACAUUUCUGUGCAUUUUAAUUUAAACAUAAAUAUUUUCUAAAGUUGCCAGUUGAAUACCUCUUGAUUUGCAGUAUGAUCAUGUACAGACAAAACUGUCUAACAGAUGAAAAUAAAGAUGUUUGGGUGCUA